AUGUCGCCUCGCAGCCCACUUCCACUACACAACGACGAGAUAAUACCUCUGGCGGCCACAGGUGGGACCAGUCUCAAAGGUCGUGCCCCGGGUCGGUUCUCCCUCUCGAAGCUGGGCGGUCGGCCAGUGCUACGAUGGGUGGCACUACUCAUCUCACUUCUGGCUUUGGGGUGGUUCUUUUCGCCGUGGGCCGUAUCAGAUAGAUUCGAAAGCUGGAGGGGAGGGAUCAGACCGAAUUUAGGCAUCGAGGACGACGUGGGCGUUGACGGGGGUCUCGGAGGAGUUCCGGUGGGCGUUGGGCUAGAGGACGAGUUGGAUCCACCACCUAAAGCACCACCUCAAAUUUCGAAGAUAUGGGAGUCCAGGAGGGAGGAAGUCAAGAAGUCCUUCAUGUACGCCUGGGACGCCUACAUGGAGAAGGGCUAUCCCUACGACGAGGUUUUACCAAAUUCGGGGAGCGGGAAGAACAAUUUUAAUGGGUGGUCUGUCACCCUUGUCGACUCUUUGUCGACCAUGUGGCUCAUGGGUCUCAAAGAUGAGUUCUACGAGGCUGCGAAGCUCAUCGAGAAUCAGAAGUUCACGGCCACUGCAGCUGGUGGUGGACUCAUUCCCUUUUUCGAGACUGUGAUCAGGCACUUGGGCGGCUAUCUAUCAGCUUACGCUCUUUCGGGUGACAAGCUCAUGUUGAAGCUUGCGGAUGACUUGGGCGAACAGCUCAUCCGUGCCUUCAAUACAACGUCCAAGCUCCCAGCCGGUGCUGUAGCACCUGUCACAGGUCAACUUACCUAUGGUGCAGGGCUUUUGGCGGAGAUUGGGAGCUGUCAGUUGGAGUUCAAGUAUAUGGCGAAGAUGACGGGCAAAGCAGAAUACUACGAGAAGGUCGAGUACGUCAUGGAGCAUUUGUACAAUGCCAAGACGUACAACAACCUCUUCGCUGAGAAUUGGUCGAUUGCCAACGGAGGACCUACAGGCGGGCGUUACACCGUUGCUGCCAACACUGACAGCACUUACGAGUACUUCCUCAAACAAUAUCUCAUGAUGGGCGACAAGCGCGCUCUUAAACAAUACCUGAAAUCCAUGGAAGGAGUCAUCGACAAUCUCCUCUAUGUCUCUCCCUCCCGCGGGCUGCUCUACCUAACCGACUUGUCUGGUGGGGCCUACACCACACCCUACCCUUCGCACAACCACGAGCAUCUCGGCUGCUACCUCCCAGGUCUCUUCGCUCUCGGCGCCCACGCUCUCCCACAACUCCUCAGUCCGCGCGAACUCCACGAGCUCUUCCCGGAAGAGAUGCAACAGAAGCAUAAAUGGGCCGCCGAGGGUCUCACCUACACGUGCUGGAUGAUCUACAAGGACCAGAAGAGCGGACUGAGCAGCGAUGGCACGACCUUCAAUAGUGGAGGACCGAAGUGGGUCGAUGCGUUGAAGAAGUGGGAGAGUAAGGGGAGUAAGGGGAAACCGCCGGGGUUGACGGAGCCACCGAGGGAAGUGGAAGUUGGGAGGCGGGAUUAUAGGAACGCGUGGCCUGAGCGGUAUCUUAUGCGCCCUGAGACGGUUGAGAGUAUCUAUUUGAUGUGGAAGACGACUGGAGACGAGGUGUGGAGGGAGAGAGGUUAUGAGGUGUACCAGGCUAUCGAGAAACAUACCAAGGCGCCGUUCGGGUAUGGGAGCGUUCACCACGUCAAUCAAGAGACGCCUACUAUUAUAGAUGAUAUGCCCAGUUUCUUCCUCGCUGAAACGCUCAAGUACCUCUACCUCCUCUUUGACGACGAGGACCCGAUCUCCCUCGAUAAAUGGGUGUUUAACACCGAAGCCCACCCUCUCCCUGUGUUCGAAUGGACGAGUGAAGAGAAGAGGAAGUUUGGAAUCGUUGAGGAGUAG